AUGUUGCGACAAGUGUUGCACGAAGGGCUCAGGACGUCAUUCCACAAACUGGGCCACUUUGUCGCCAAUCACCCGGUGUUUUUCGCCUCCGCGCCCGUGCUGAUCUCCAUCCUGCUGGGCGCGAGCUUCAGCAGAUACCGCAUAGAGGAAAACGUGGAGUACCUGUUAGCCCCCAAACACAGCCUGGCGAAGAUCGAGGGGAACUUGGUGGAUAGUUUGUUCCCCGUGAACCGAUCCAAACACACCCUCUACUCAGACUUGCAAACACCCGGCAGAUAUGGCCGGGUCAUCGUGACUUCGCGCAGGGGGAGCGUGUUGGACCCUCACCAAGUCAACUCAGUCCUAAAACUACACAACACAAUCACUCAGAUCCAGGUUCCUAUGCUGGGAUUCAACUACACCUUUGCCCACCUCUGCCUGUUGGAUGACAGCAAGAGCUGCAUCGUGGAUGACAUCCUGCGGGUUCUGGAGGAGAUGAGGUCAGCGCGGGUAUCUAACCAUUCAGUACCCACUCUGCAUUAUCCCAUCACCAAACUCAAAGACGGGCGGGAGGCCUACAUUGGGCACCAGCUGGGUGGAGUCCUGGCAGGUGGAGGGAGAGACGGGGUGCGUACUGCUCGAGCCCUUCAACUCACAUACUACCUGCAAGCGGCCAGCCCACUGAACGAAGUGGUAGCGGCCAGCUGGGAGCUGCUGUUCUGCAAGGAGUUGGAGAACUUUGGAAAGGCUCAUCUAGAGCUUAGCCUAUACCCCUUCACUUCCUCUUCUCUUCAGAGGGACUUCCAAAGGACCAGUCGGGUAUCAGAACGGCCGCUGCUCUUUAGCCUGGCUGUGUGUCUCUCGCUGGCCAUGCUGUGCUGCUCAAUGCGAGACUGUGUGCGUACAAAGCCAUGGCUGGGUCUUCUGGCUCUAGUGACCAUCAGCCUCGCUACACUCACCUCUGCAGGCAUUUUCAACCUCACAGGAGGGAAAUACAAUUCAACAUACCUGGGUAUCCCUUUUGUCAUGUUAGGUCAUGGCUUGUUUGGCACAUUUGAGAUGCUGUCGUCUUGGCGACGUACCCGCGAGGACCAGCAUGUGAAGGAGCGAGUUGCUGCUGUUUUCUCUGACUGUAUGCUGCCCUUCACAGCUAGCACGGCCUUGCAUGUGGUCACCUUCGGCAUCGGGGCCAGUCCAUUCACAAACAUUGAGGCUGUACGUCUCUUUUGUCAGAACGCCUGUAUCUCAGUCCUCUUCAACUACCUCUACAUCCUCACCUUCUAUGGCUCCAACCUAGUGUUUGCCGGCUACCUGGAAAACAACUACCGUCACAGUCUAUUCUGCAGGCGUGUACCAAAGCCCGAGUUGCUGCAGCAGAAACCAGCAUGGUAUCGCUUUCUCAUGUACACACAUUACAACGAGGAGGCCACAGAAGCAGGACCACUGCGUGCUUAUGAGAGUCACCUGCUGGUAGCCUUUAUGAAGCGGUACUACUGUGACUGGAUCACCAACACCUAUGUCAAACCAUUUGUGGUUUUGUUCUACUUAGUUUAUGUUUCCUUUGCCCUCAUGGGCUACCUUCAGGUCAGUGAAGGGUCAGAUCUUAGUAAUGUGGUUGCCACAGAAACAAGCACUAUUGCAUACACCCAUGCACAGCAGCGGUAUUUCAGCAGUUACAGCCCUGUGAUUGGCUUCUACAUCUACGAGUCCAUUGAGUACUGGAACACGAGCGUGCAAGAUGACUUACUGGAAUACACCAAAGGUUUUGAACGCAUCUCCUGGUUUGAGAGUUACCUCAACUACCUUCAUGGACUGAACAUCACCACUAGCCUGUCACGCAGCAACUUCACAGAACACUUGCGGUCUGGCUUUUUGCGGCAACCCCGAUUUCUGCAUUUCUCGGACGAUAUCAUCUUUGCCAAACGUGCGGAUGGGGAAUUUGAUGUGGUAGCCUCACGUAUGUUUCUAGUGGCCAAGACAACAGAAAACAAACGAGAGGAGAUGUCUAUCCUGCUGGACACACUAAGGAAGUUGUCGCUGACCUCCAGGGUGAAAUUCAUAAUCUUUAAUCCAUCCUUUGUGUAUAUGGACCGUUAUGCUUCAUCUGUUGGAGCACCCCUGAAGAACUCUUGCAUUGCAGCUCUCUUUCUGCUCUUCUUUUCCACCUUCUUGGCAGCUGACCCACUGGUGAAUGCCUGGUUGACUGUGACAGUAGCCUCUGUUGAGUUCGGGCUGGUGGGUUUCAUGACCCUAUGGCGUGUAGAGUUGGAUUGCGUCUCAGUGCUGUGUCUGAUCUAUGGGGUGAACUAUGCUGUAGACUCCAGCACUCCGCUAGUGUCUGCAUUUGCUCUAGGCCGGGAAUCCACACGUACACGCUGGGUGAAACUAGCUCUAGAGCGACAUGGAGUUCCUGCCCUUCAGAGUUACUUGUGUUAUGGGGCUGCUCUGCUCCCUCUCGCGGCUGUGCCCUCGAAUCUCACCCGCACACUCUUCAGGUGCCUCUUUCUCACCGCCAUCAUCACCGCCUUCCACUGUUUGGCUAUUCUCCCUGUCCUACUCACCUUCUUGCCUCCCUCCAAGAAAAAAUGUCGGGAGAGAAAGAAUGCUGCAGAAAACCGAGAGGAAAUUGAGUGUGUGGAGAUGGUGGACAGCACACGUGUGGUUGAUCAGAUUACCACUGUCUGACCACGUGCCUGAGAAAGAGGUAGAUUGGAGGAUGUACAAGAGAGAAAAAACAAAACACCCCCAGGGGGUGGCAGAAGGAGACCUGAGAUAUGAGAGUUAGCCUUUGUGCAGCUGGGCUUCCAGUUUAUGGGUGUUCUUUAGCAUGAGCCCACAUUUUAAACAAGGCUUAUGUUUGAUGGUAAAAGCAGAUGAGUUUGAGCCAUUAACAGUGGGUGUAUUGUUGUCAUGGUAAAAGUCCUAUGCAGGUUUUCCUGCAGCUCAAUGAGAGCGAGGAAGGCCAGAUGAACCACACUGCUGCACAGUUGCAGAUAAUCACAGAGGGGGGCUCCUCUGGUCUGCAGUAUUACAGCAGAUGUAGAGCGGAAACUGUAACAAGCAACUGCUUUGUCAAGGCAUAGAUAGAGACUUACAAUGUUUCUAAUGCCCCAAGAACCAUACCAAGACUUUCAUGGGGCACUAAGCUAAAGACCAAGCAGCCAUAUUCAUAUCUGCUGACAGCCAUGACUUUAAUGCGCCCAAUGUCAUUUCUUCUCAGAGGUUAGAUGUUUUGGUCAGGACUGUAUAUUUGUCUUUUGGUAUAUGGUGGUAUUAAAAAUACAUAGUAUUUGAAAAGAUCGAAAAUAUUUUCACUGACCAUGGUGACCAUGGUCAACUCCCCCACCAUUACCAAUGUCUCAGAGGGAUUUAAGGCUCAUCUUCCAUAAAGGAAUGUAUAAGAGAGAAAAAAAUGGGCGGGUGAAAGAAAGGACGGAAGGGGGUGGGGAUGUGUCUGAGAGAUACACAGAAGCAAGACCCUGCUGACAGGUUGGUGUGCUGUGCAGUGCUUCCAUGGUAACUCUGAUCACAGUUAAGUUGCAUAGUGUAUGUAUAAUUUCCUACCCUCUUAGUUCAAUAAGGGCAUUGGUUACCAAUUAAGUCACACUGCAAUGGAAAGAAUAAUCUAUGAAGGAUUUAUCCAUGCUGCUUCUUGUUUAUUUUGUUUGCCUCUAAAAUGUUGGAAAUCACCUUGUCACAGACAAUGCUCUUCAUCAAUAUGCAUGAGCCAGAGUCCCUUCGUUUUCACCCUCUUUGACCUCUGUGUAUAAGAGGCUUGAAAAAAAAAAUAGAUACAGAGAGACCUGGAGCAGAAAGAGAGCAUAAGAAAGGAGCAUCUGGCCAAUCAAAUCCACUUACUUUUCAAAUUCCCCUCAGUCCCAAAAGCAAUUGAUAUCAAAUCAAUCAUGAAGUAAAACGGCAUCCCCUUUAGCUCCAACUCUUACUGUAUUUGUGCAAGGAUUGGUGCUUUAAGGCAGCUGGGGUGGGGGUUGGGGGCAUAUGUUUUUUUCUAGUCUCCCUUUCUCAAGCACACACAUGGACUGUGACAUUGACAUUCAUAAUGACUGUGGCAUAAUAGAAAGGUUAUGUUGCAGCUUGUGAAAUAUUGUUGAAUGCAUUGGUCCAGAUAAUCAUAUAAAUGACAAUAAAGGGAAAAAGACAGUUAGACAUGUACAUGAUUGGACACAUUUGCUCACACACUUAAUGUGGCAACUGUAAAUAGGCUUUUUUUGACCAUUCCCCACCUACUUGAUGGUCCUCACCUACUCCAUUCUCCUCCUAAGAAGCACUUCUGAAUCACUGCAUUCAGAUAUACACACCUACAGUAUAUGGCUAAUUAAAUUAGCCUAUAUAUA